AAUUGCUGCAGCAUGAUAACAACACGGGAGAGCCUUUCAAGGAACUUUCAGAGUACAGAAUGAGUCUAUGAGUAGAUAAGUACAGACCAACCAACCUUAAUAAACUCCAUUAUCAUCAGGAGCAAGCUGCCAGCUUGAAAAGACUGGUCCAAUCUGAUGAUUUCCCUCAUUUGCUGAUUUAUGGCCUGUCAGGUGCAGGAAAGAAAACAAGAAUGGUUUGUAUACUUUGUGAGUUGUACGGGGCCGGAGUGGAGAAACUACGUAUUGAACACAUGGAGUUUAUAUGAUGCCGGUAUUCAUGAUCGUGUUGUCAUUAUGGGGUUACUGAAAGAAGUAGCUCAAUCACACUCACUGGACACUAGCCACAAAGACUUUAAAGUUGUGGUACUGACUGAAGUUGAUAGACUCACUAAAGAUGCACAGCAUGCAUUGAGACGUACAAUGGAACUAUACACAGGAACAUGUCGUCUUAUACUAGUCUGUAACUCAACCAGUAAACUAAUACCAGCCAUCAAGAGCAGGUGUUUGGCUGUUAGGAUCCCCGCUCCAACCAUAGAUGAGAUAUGUAGUGUCCUACAGUAUGUUUGUCAUAAAGAAUCAUUGACUAUACCAGAUACACUAGCCAAGAGGAUUGCAGAGAAGUCAGAGAGAAACCUUCGUAAAGCUAUACUGCUUUGUGAGGCGUGUCGUGUUCAGCAGUAUCCCUUCAAUGAUGAUCAGGUUGUCCCUGAUUGUGAGUGGGAGGAUUUCUUACGUGAAACAGCUGCAAUGAUCAUCACAGAGCAGAGUCCUAAGAGGUUACUUGAAGUAAGAGGACAUUAUUAUGAGCUGUUAACUCAUUGUAUAUCACCUGAUAUUAUUUUUAAAAGGAUAUUGAAUGAGCUGGUUGCUAACUGUGAUGGUACACUGAAAGCUGAAGUGACUCAAUUAGCAGCUCAGUAUCAAGCUCAGUCACAACUGGGUAGUAAAGCAAUCUUUCAUCUUGAGGCCUUCACAGCAAAAUUUAUGAGAAUCUAUAAACAAUUUUUAGAGGAAGGACUGGAGAGUAUGGGCUUCUGAUAUAAUGCAUUCCAUGAUAGACAGUAGAGAUUUCUUAACACAAAUAUACUCAUUAUUUUGUCACCAUUAUGUAUUUAGUCUCGCUGCUCUCGCAUAGACUCACCCUUUUUGACAUUUGGAUCCAUGGAUGGCAGGCCUCAGGGCUAUGGAUGUCAAAUUACACAGAUUUGUCAACAUUUUGUAAUGAUAUUCAUAGAGUGAACAUGAAUUUAUAAUACGUAAGAGUGUGUAUUGUUUGAUUAUGAUAUUCAUAACUUAUGUCAGUA